GCAGUGAACAGUGGUCGAUUUCUUGCGUCAAGCUGUUAACAUUUUUUUGUUUUGGUUGCUAUUGAGAACAAAUAUGAAUGAUCUUCCUUGGAUUGGAUGGAACCCGUCGUUCCUAAGCAUGUUACUAGUCUUUUUAGUAACGGUUCUUUAUUGGAUGUGGAGUCGAUCCCGCUUUGUACGUCUUGUCAACGCUCUACCUGGACCAAAAGCUUUGCCUCUGCUGGGUAAUGUGUUUGAACUGAACAUUUCUAAUGACGAGCUGCUAAAGAAAUGCGCCUUCACUUGGGUACGAAAGUAUGGUGGUAUCUAUCGCGUCUGGUUGACUGUCCGUCCAUGGGUCAUCAUCGCUUCCCCUGAGUUCAUGGAGUCAAUUCUUGGAAGUUGGAAACAUAUUUCGAAAGGAAAUGGCUACGAAGCUUUAACUACAGUCGCUGGAAACAGUUUGCCAGUUGCAUCAGACGACCAUUGGAGAAAAUCUCGCCGUCUCCUCAACCCGUCUUUUCACCUUGCAGUCCUCAACACUUACAUAGACGUUUUCAACGAAAAAAGCUCUGAGUGCGUCAAAGAUUUCGAGAAAGCCAUUCACAUCAACAACGGUGCAGAGUUUGACGUCUACCCAUUGAUGAAUCUAUACACAACCAGAUCAAUUUGUGGAACUAUCUUGGAGUGCAAGUCGUUUUCACAAAAAGAGAUGCAGAGUUUGUUGAUUAAUUGUGAAGGACUUAAACGCAUUAUCCAGUACCGCAUCUCACGACCUUGGUGUAAAAGCAGUUGGUUUAAAUUCACCGCGAUGGGUCGGGAUGAUGCACGAUUCGCUAGUGGCAUCAGUGACAUCAGCAAUAAGUUAAUUCAGAAGCGUCGAGAAUUUCUAGACAGAGAAGCAAAAGCCCAAAGUCAUUUACCUAGCUCGACUUCUGGUCCGUCGAAUAGCGAAGUUGGUAACAUGGGUAAUACUACGCCAAGAAAGAAAUUAGGCUUCAUUGACCUUAUCCUAAAGGAGACUGAUAUCAACAAUAAUUUCAGUAAAGAAGAAAUAACAUAUGAAGUAAAUUCAAUGAUAAUUGCGGGUCACGAAACGUCUGCUUUAGGUUUGACAUGGUUCCUUUACAACAUGUCAAGAUAUCCUGAGCACCAAAAAUUGUUAUUCGAUGAGCUGAACGCAGUUUUUGGCAACUCGGAUCGCCCGUGUACAACGCAAGACUUGACUGAUCUUAGGUACCUGGACUGUUGCGUCAAAGAGUCUUUAAGGCUUUAUCCUAGCGUGCCUUUUAUCUUGCGUACCCUGCCAGAAGAUACCAAAAUAGGUGAUCACAACUUACCAAAGGGUCUCAUGGUUGGAUUAUCCAUAGUCGGUUUGCACUACAAUCCGCAGGUGUUCCCUGAUCCCGAAGUCUUCAAACCGGAACGUUUCUUCCCCGAAAACAGUCUCGGCCGCCAUAGAUACGCCCUUAGUGCUUUCAGCGCUGGCCCUCGUAAUUGCAUCGGUCACAAAUUCGCUUUGCUGCAAAUGAAAGUGAACAUUGCUCAUCUGAUCCGGCGAUUCAGCUUUUCUUUAGCAAAUCCCACAGCACCAUUAAUCCCGGCUCUCCAAGAAACUAUGCUAACCCCAAAAUAUCCAAUUAAGCUUAUCGUUUCAAAAAGAACUAUUUGAUAACCAAUAUUAGUACCAAAGAAGCUUCAGACGGUGAUGUAAAUGCCAUGGGCAGAUUACUGUAUAGUGGCUAGGAACAAAAUAUCAACUUUAGAUAUACAGGAAAAUUUCUGAAUAAACGUCGUAUCUGUAAACUAAAA